AUUGACAGUAAAAGUCCAUGCUUUGGUACCAAAACAAACAAUUCCGAAACAGUUCUCGAUAAAACUCUCACAAAAAUCAUGCCUGCCGUGAUUCUUCCGAAUAUUUUAGUGACAGGCACUCCUGGAUGCGGAAAAACGACCACUUGUAAGCGCCUCGCCGAAGCCUUGAACUUUAAACAUCAAGAAGUCUCGGAAAUUGUCAAAGCACACGACUUCACAGACGGUUACGAUGAAGAACUUGCAUGUCCCUUCUUGGAUGAAGACAAACUUCUUGAUUAUUUGGAGCCCAUUAUGCAAGAAGGAGGCAACAUCGUCGAAUAUCACAGUAACGAACUCUUCCCGGAACGAUGGUUUCAACUUGUUCUCGUCGUGAGAUGCGAUACGCAAGUACUUUUUGACAGACUCACUGCUCGCGGAUACAAUCAGAAGAAAAUUGAGCAAAAUAUGUCGUGCGAAAUCUUCGGAACGAUCCACGAAGAGGCCUUGGAUUCGUACAAACCGGAAAUUGUACAUGAAAUUCGCAGUGAAAAGGAAGAAGAUUUCGAAAAAACUCUCCAGUUAGUGAAAGAUUUCCUGGAAAAAUGGAAGAAAAAGUGAAAUUAAUGAAAUAUAUUUUUUAUUUUUAAUGAAAAAUUAUUUUUU